AUGAACAUAAAGAAAGCAAUUGAAAUGAUUGGCAGAAAGGUAGAAAAAGGUGAAACAGGUAAACAGGGAAACAAAGGUGAGAAAGGUUUACAGGGUAGUCUUGGAUUGAAAGGUAAUCCUGGUUUACCAGGUAUAGCAGGAAAACCUGGUACAAAAGGUAUGGAAGGAUUACCAGGACUAGUUGGUCAUGAUGGUAUUCCUGGCUCAAAAGGUGAACAAGGAAAUCCAGGAAUUCAAGGAAAACCAGGAUUGACUGGAUUGCCAGGAGCAAAAGGAAAAUCAGGAUUGAAUGGUUUACCCGGACAACCGGGACGAAUUGGUGAACCUGGACUAUCCGGAUUGCCGGGCUUACAAGGUCCUUCUGGACCAAUUGGACCGCUAGGUUUACGAGGAUUACCUGGACAAAAAGGUGAUAUUGGUAUGCAAGGAUAUCCUGGUGCGAAAGGAAACUCAGGACAAGAUGGUCUUCCUGGUUGGCUAGUUGACGAUCGAGGUUAUUGCAUUCUAUCACUUGGUACCUGUCCACCAUCGUUUACCGAGGUGACAACAUAUGAUCGAAUUCUUGAAACUUAUCAUUUUGGUGAUUAUUCAUUAGUGAUGCACAAAGGAAAACAGGUGAUAUGGCAUGAACUUAAGGUACAUGCAUGUUGCAAAUAA